AUGCCUAAGGAGCAUGAAAAGAUCCUGGAAUUUAAAAAUAAAAAAUUCGAACAAAAACAUCCUGUCUUGAUUGUCGCAGACUUUGAAUCAUCGUUGAAAACAGUCAACCAAAAUCUUGGUGAAAAGACUGUUCAAAUUCAAGAACAUAUUCCUAACUCAUUCAGUUUCUACAUAUGUUAUGAUAAGGAUCAAAUUCAGACUGACAAUGUCUUUGUAGAAUUUAGUGUCAACGAUGAUAAUGAAAAUAUCGGAGAAAGGUUCUGUGAAGAGAUUGAAAAAGCUGUGUAUGACAUUCAUGACAAUCAUUUCAACCCUAAAGCUAUGUUAGCCUUAACGCAAGAACAAAAGGUGAAGCACAAGACAGCUAAAACAUGUUAUGCCUGUCACAAGGUGUUCACAGAAAAAAAUUAUAAAGUUCGUGAUCACAACCAUUUUAAUGGAAAAUACAGAGGAGCAGCCUGUAAUAAGUGUAAUCUUCAAUUACAAGCACCUGAUUUCAUACCAGUGUACUUUCACAAUUUAUCAGGUUAUGAUGCUCACUUAUUUGUGAAAAAUCUGAAAGGGCGACUGAAUGUCAUCGCGAAAAAUAGUGAAAACUAUAUUUCAUUCAGCAAGGAGUUACAGGUAGAUGAGCACAAGACUCUAUCCAUCAGAUUUCUUGAUUCUUAUAGGCUUAUGCAGUCUUCACUAGCAAACCUAGCUAAGAAUCUACCCAAUUCUGAAAAGAAAAACCUGGCACAAUUUUUCCAAGGUGACCAAUUUGAUUUAGUCACCAGAAAAGGCAUCUAUCCGUAUGAAUGGGUUGACUCGUAUGAAAAAUUUGAUGAAAAAGAAUUACCUCCGAUUGAAGCAUUUAGCUCCACAUUGAAUGCGACACACAUCUCAGUUGAGGACUACAAUCAUGCUCAACAUGUGUGGAAAACAUUUGACUGCAAAACCUUUCGAGAUUAUCACAAUCUCUAUCUCAAAACAGAUGUUCUUUUACUAGCAGACAUUUUAGAAAAUUUCAGACAGACCUGCAUGACCAUCUAUAGUUUAGAUCCAGUCUGGGCUUAUUCGGCUUCAGGAUUGUCUUGGCAAGCCAUGUUGAAAAAGACUGAUGUUAACAUUGAACUUUUAACAGAUGUUGACAUGUACAACUUCUUUGAAUGUGGCAUUAGAGGGGGAAUUUGUCAAUCAAGUCACAGAUAUGCAAAAGCAAAUAAUCCAUAUUUGAAAGAUUUUGACUCAGAAAAACCUAUAAGUUACAUCACCUAUGUUGAUGCGAAUAAUUUGUAUGGAUUAUCGAUGAGUGAAAAAUUACCACAUUCUAACUUUAAAUGGAUGACCUCAUCAGAAUUAGUCGCAUGGCAAAGCAUGCCAUGUACUUUAGAAGUGGACUUAGACUAUCCUCAGCAUUUACAUGACCUACACAAUGCCUAUCCAUUAGCACCUGAACAUGUGAAUGAUAAGUUGAUUCCUAAUCUUAGGAACAAGAAAAAAUAUAUAUUGUACAUCACAAGGCUUUGA